UAACACCUUGUGGUUUCUUUCAUGAUUAUUGAAGUUAUUUGGAUGAAAGAUGCAGUGACAUCAGAGUUGUAGCAACAACAGUGAAGCAAAGCCCAAACCAAGGAGAAACAACAUUCACACCAUUGCAGUGAGUCACUGAUCCAACCUGAAGAACUGAAAUGGCUUACUCACAGAUCCGCCUAAAAAUUCUCCCCAGCGUUCGCUGUCUCUUUGAUAAACUGGUGCAAGUAAAAGUAGAGGGACUUGCUCCUCACAAAAUGGUGGAAUUAAGGUCCAAACUAGUUGAUGAUAAAGGGGUGAUUUUUAAAGCCUCCGCCCUCUACAAAGCGGAUGAAACUGGCAAGGUGGAUGUGUGUCGUGCACCCUCUCUGGGAGGAAGUUACACCGGAGUGGAGCCCAUGGGUUUUUUGUGGGCCAUGGCACCAGAGACUCCACACCACAGAUUUAUGAAGAAGAAUGUUUCCAGCCCAACACUAGUGGAGAUAGAAGCACUAAGUGGGGAGACCGGUGAGCUCUUGGCCUCUGAAACCAAUGAGAGAGGAUACAUGACAGAGGGGAUGAAGAGGAUACCCGUGAGAGACGGAAGAAUACGAGGAGUCCUCUUCAUACCACCAGGAAAGGGUCCAUUCCCUGGAAUUCUUGAUUUGUACACUCUUGGUGGACGACUAACAGAGCCCAGAGCCAGCCUCUUGGCAAAUAAAGGUUUUGUUGUUCUGGCGCUGGCCUAUUAUGGCUUCCAGGAUUUACCAAAAAAACCUCCAAACCUGGAUUUAGAAUACUUUGAAGAGGCUGUAACAUAUCUGAGGAGACAGCCUGAGGUCAAAGGUCCUGGGAUCGGCAUCAUAUCAAUCUCUCAUAGUGUUGCUUUGGCUUUGUCAAUGUCAUCUUUCCUCUCUGGGAUCUCAGCAACUGUCUGUAUUAAUGGCUGCAAUGCAAAUACUGUGAUUCCAUUACACUACAAAGACAUAGUUUUUCCUCCACUGUCACCUGUCAUAAAGAAUGCUAGGUUCACAGAUUCUGGGCUUGUGGAUAUACGCGAUGUCGUACCGGACCCUACCUUGGAGAAGAACAGGGCAUCUUUGAUUCCAAUAGAGCGUGCCAGCUGCCAGUUCCUGUUUGCUGUUUCUGAAGAUGACCGCAACUGGAGGAGCGCUUUUUUUGCCAAGCAGGCUGCUGCAAUGCUGAAGAAUCACGGCAAAGAGUCGUUUCAGGUGGUUUCUUAUCCUAAAGCUGGACACUUUUUGGAUGUUCCUCACAUGCCUUAUUGCCCAUCUGGCUUCCACGCAGCAGCAGGGCGUGCUGUGGUGUUUGGUGGGGAGCCAAAAGCCCACUCUGAGGCCCAGCUGGACCUGUGGGAACGAGUCCAGGAGUUCUUCAAGAGGCACUUGGACAACAAGAGCACUUAUUAGCAAGCAAUGCUGCAUCAAGUGUGUCAAGCAGCCCAGAAUGGUUGUCCUUAGCAAUAUUUUGCCUUUUUAUGUUUAAGUAUGUAUUCAAAGAUAGUUCUUGUAUUUAAAUGACCGGCUUAUAAGAUUUAGGGGGAUAUAUUGGCAGAAAUGGAAUGUGAUAUUCAUAAGUAUGUUUUAGUUAGUCUAUACUCACCUGUAACAAAGAAUCGUGUUUUAGUUAGCUUAGAAUGAGCCCUUUAUAUCCACAUAGGGGGCGGGUCGUCUUCCACGGAGUCCACCCUGUCACACCGCUAUGUUUCUACAGUAGCUCAGAAUGGACAAACCAAACACAGGCUCUAGAGAGGACCG